UUCGGUGUCAUACCCAAACAAACGAUCAGUUGUAGAAUUGCAGGCCGGUGCCGCGCGGUUUCAAAUAAUGAACGUGAACUGGUUCCGCCAAAUUGGCUAUAUCUACGCAGUGCUGUGCCUUUUCGGUUCGAUGCUGGGCGCUGUUUAUUUCUUCCGGAAAAUAUUCGAGCCCGACAGCUAUUGCGAUAAGCAUUAUUGCGAAAAAGGAUUUAACCAUGCGAUGGUAUCUGUGACCGGCGUGGUUGUGUGCCUUGUAUCGGCUUCUAUAACUAUGCUUGUAAAAUUGGGCUUAGAUCAGUGUGAGAUCGGUUACAUCCAAAUCGGUCGAACGUUUAUGCUGGUGCGAAGCUUGUUCCUUACGAUUCGUUGGACAUAUGAAAGUGUUGCCCUGACGAUUGCAGAAAUUGGUCAAGCCGUGCCUGUGGUGGAUGAUCAAUUUCGCAGCCUAAUUCUUCUGUUAGUUGUUGGGGUAAAAAAACAAAAUUCAUAAGUUGACUUUGUAGAGAAUUCAUUUUUGCUAAACAUUUGUAUCUAAUAAACAGCGUCCACUGGCAUGGAGUUAUGGAUUCUAGAUGGAGUGCAGGAAUAUUUGCGGCUAUGGUUGCCAGAAUACUCAUCCAGGAGCGGACCAUCCAGGCUAGUGCAUCAAAUAGGUCUAAUAAAUAAUCGUGUUGGAAGCCCAAGGGGGUUCUAUUUGUAAGCUCCGCAUCGAUUGAUGUUGGUGCAUAUCCCAUCAAUAAAAGUGUAAUAUCUU